AGUAACCACUCCGUGGCCUCCCGGGAAAGGGGCUUAACUCGAGUCGCUAAUCCUUUUCCUUGUAUCUCCCCGUCUCCAUCCUCGCUCGCCGCCAUGGAAGGUUCGAAGGGGAGUGGAGGUGGUGGGGCCGGUGCCGGGUCCGAAAAGCCAAGCGCCGAGUCGAACCCUAGUCUGAAUCUGCCGCCACCUACCGCAGCGGAUGUCGAAGCCACGGAUGACGGUGGCGCCACGGCCGCGGCCGCGGCAGCUGCCGAGGCGGCCAGGCGGCCGUUCACUGCCCUCAGCCAGGAGGAGGCUGACCUCGCCCUAGCCCGCGUCCUGCAGGAGCAGGAGCGGGCGUACAUGUUGCUCCGGAUGAACGGGAGCGGUGGCGAGGGCAGCGACUACGGGAGCUCUGAUGCAGGGAGCUACGAGUACGACGAAGAGGGAGAUGACUACGAAGAGGAACUGGAGCACCACCUCCGCGUCCACCACCACGAACACCCCUCGGGCGAUGGUGAUGGAGAGGGAGAGGGCGAGGGCGCCGAGGGGAGCGAUUACGACGAAGAGUACGAGGAGGACGAAGAAGGGGAGCCGGAAGUAGAUCCCGCGGAGUUUGAGAACGAUGAGGCUUAUGCGCGUGCGCUGCAGGAUGCUGAGGAGCUUGAGGUCGCCGCGCGGCUUAUGGCUCUCGCUGGUCUCAGCGAUUGGCGAACUGUGGAUGUGGAGCAUGAGGAGGAUCAUGUGAAUGACCCACAGGAGGCAUGGCAAGAGGUUGAUCCAGACGAGUACUCCUAUGAGGAGCUAGUUGCAUUGGGUGAAGUAGUUGGCACAGAAAACAGAGGUCUCUCUGCUGAUGCACUUGCUUCUUUACCUUCAGUAACAUACAAGAUGCAAAGUGUUCAGGAUGGCAACACAGAGCAAUGUGUAAUUUGCCGUGUGGAAUUGGAGGAGGGUGAAUCUUUGAUUGCACUUCCCUGCAAGCACUUAUACCAUCCUGAAUGCAUAAACCAGUGGCUGCAAAUAAAUAAGGUAUGCCCUAUGUGCAGUGCAGAAGUAUCAACCUCCAGCAACAAGGAGCCAUGAUUGCUCUCGGAUGGCCAUCUUGGGCAUUUGAUGGGAUUAACUAGCGGCACCACUGCAGCAUCUUUAUGCUUCAAGCAAAAGCAUAAAGGAACGUCUUACAUACAUGCAAGGAGAUCAGGAAAUAAUCCUCUUGUCAAUCUAAAGUUUUGUCCUGGUUUUCUGCUCACUGGAUUUAUUGGCCCUGCAGCUUAUAUGGUCUUAGUUCCCUUCGGACGCCUUAUGAUCCAUAAAACAUGCCAAUUAUAUUA